CUACUUACAGCAAGAACGGGAUAGUCGGAGUCAACUUCUUGUGCUUACAUCUGAUAGAUCAGCAAUACUGAAAUGUGAGAUUUAUUUUCAAUUUUCAGUUUGACUAUAAAUAUUUUAUUGGUGGCUGGUAAAAAUAUUUAAAUUAAUGUCUUUUCGCGUUUUAAAAAUGAAAAUUGGUUGGGUUAAAAGUGAGUGGCUUUGUUUACAGUCACAUUUUGAGUCAGAUGGGAAAAAGAUAAUGUCUGAUAGAGGCGCCAAUUGUGUUAUUUUUAAAGAUUUUGCUUCUGGUUAAUUUACAUUAAAAAAUAUCUUCUCUGUUACUUUCUAUUUCUUAUUGUGAUUUAGUUUAUAUCAUUAUAUUUUAUAUCUCAACAUGAGUUUUUAAAAGCAGUUAAUUCAUUUCAUUGAACUGUGAAUCUAUUGAUUUUAUCCUCUUACAAUCGACAAAGUCUUGCAAAUAUCAUUUAUUGAAUUUUCUGACCUGUUUGUGAGCCUUCUAACAAGGAUCCUUUAAACAGUCGUUAAAAAGGAUGAGUAAUUUUAGCGCAUCUUCCCAAGCUAGUUCAUUUUUCAACAAAAAACUCCAUCAGGCUCUCAAAACUGUCUAUGAAUGUGGUGUUAAACUCGAAGCUAAACUGGAAACAAUUGCAUCAGCAGCUAUCUAUUUCCAUAAAUUUUAUAAAAUAUGCUCUCCUGAACAAUUUGAUCCGAUGCUGAUUGGAGCAACAUGCAUUUACUUGGCUGGUAAAGUUGAAGAAGAUCAUAUCAAGCUACGAGAUUUAAUCAAUGUCUUCCAUGCAACCCUAAAUCGAGCCAACAAAAUGAUUCCAUUACAAUUUGACAAUUAUUAUUGGAAUCUGAGAGAGUCAUUGGUUCGUUUGGAACUAUUGAUGUUACGUGUUCUCAAGUUUGAUGUUAAUAAUGAUCUAGCUCAUCGGUUUCUCCUUCACUAUUUACGAUCGAUAAAUGAAUGGAUUGGAAAAGAUUACUCUUCUUCAACAGCCUUUUCUCAAACUUGCUGGUCAUUGCUAAAUGAUUAUUAUCUAAAUCCAAAGUCCAUCGACCAUAAUGCAUCUCACGUAGCUAUAGCUAUUAUCGAGAUUGCUAUAAAAACACUCGGAAUCCAAAUCCCAUUGGAAAACGAAGCUCUCAUGGAUUGGAAAGUAGCGUUGUGUGAAAAUGCAACAAAAGACAAAGUUCAUGCCAUUAUUUCGGAAGUUUUGACUUUAUAUGAAAACGAUGAUCGUGAAAGUGCAUCAAAACCACCACCAAAAGAAAUAUCUCCAAGAAAAACUCCUAAUUCAGAAGUUACAGGUGGCAAUAUCAGACAAUACACUCCUGCAAAGAUUAUUGAAUAUCCAAACAAAUGAAAGCAGUGAACACAGUGUAAGCAUCCUCUGGAGUAGCUAAAAUAUAUUAGAAUUAUUUAUAACAUUAAACAUUAUGUUUCCAUUUGA